AAGGGCUUCGACCAGAGGCCUCUACCAGAAAGUUUGAUAAUAAAUCCAUUAAAUUGAAAUUUUGUUACAAUCAUGAAGUGGAGUUAAAGAAUCAAUAUUAUUUACAUAGGAUCUACUCUAUGUCGACUUUCUUUAGACUAGGCCAAUGCCUUAGUAGGUUUAGCAGCUCGCACUAUCACAUUUUGUGAAUAAUACCUACUACGAUCUACAUCUUGACACAGCCAGCUGCGGGCGACACAACGUACUAAUGAUCUCGAAACCCCCCCUACAGAGGCGUCUAGACAGGGCAUUCACAUUGGGUAGAAAUGGAUUCAAAUUUGGGGGGAAGCAUCAAUGAGGAGUUGUCUGCUUCAUUUCUUGACUUAACAUCCAACGUAGUUCAGAGCGACGAGGCAUGCGAGCUCUGCAGGAAACUUUCAGUUGUAUUUCAAGCAGUGUCCGAUUUCGAGACACAAAAAAUAAUUCGCGAACCUAUAUCCCGGGAAUGGGCAACGAUAGAGAAUCUUCGUCAGGUUUCAAGAUGUUGUGUACAUCGGACGCUUCUGCGCGCAAUCCUCGAAAAUUCUGUUUCGCGAAAUCCAGAUGAGGUGGUUGAUCUCAGUCUCGGGCUCCGAGUCGACGAGAACGCCCAGUACACAGAUGCAGAGGCAAGAGUCGGAUUUGUAGAAGUUGGGAACGUUUAUGGUCUGAAGACCGAGCUAUGGCCCCGGCCGCUAUCUAAACUCCAGAGCAUUUACGAUCAACAACUCAAUGCGCAAUGGAUUGACCCGCUGAUACUUCAGUCUUGGGAAGUAUCAUGUACAUGCUGGACGAAAGUCAGACAAGUAUAUCACUCUCACACGAAGAUGGACAACUCCGCUGAGGGACAGACUAGGUGGCUAGUCGAUGUUAAUAAUCGGUGCCUAGUACCAGCUGAUCAUCAGAGCUAUGUAGCACUCAGCUAUACAUGGGAUCGCUCGCAAAAUUUCAUGGCCACUGCAAAGGAUUUGGCGCGCCUGAGAACGCCGUUUGCUCUGGAUGCCAAUUACGAACAGUUGGCCCCUACCAUUCGUUUCGCAAUCGAGCUAGUCAAAUUACUAGGAAAGAAAUACAUCUGGGUCGACCAAUUAUGCAUCUUUCAGGAUGAUGAUAAACACAAACGGAUAGAAAUACAAUCUAUGACCAGUAUCUACGAAAACGCGGCCUUCACCAUCAUUGCAGCUCAUACUGUCGGUGACCGUUGUGGGAUCAAAGGAUUGCGAGGCAUCACUGGACCGAGGAAAUUGAAUCAGGAGAGAUAUAUCAUAGGUGCCCACAGAUUCACAUAUCCACCUUGUAGAAAAUACUCUUCCGAGCCAUCAAAAUGGGCCGCCAGAGGGUGGACAAUGCAGGAAGACGUAUUCUCUCGUGCGCGAUUAGUAUUUGUCGACGAAACAGUCUACUGGGAGUGCGAAUGUCUGGGUUGUCGAUACGAGGAUAUUCCUGACAAAGCAUCGAUCCAAAUUAAGCCUAGGGAGAUUGUGAUAGGAGUUGAACGAGAAGAUAAUUCAUGGGAAAAUCUCCAUUCCAUGAUAAGUCGCAACGAACCGAAUACCGUCAACCUUCAAUCACUGAUCAACGUCUACAACACACGGCAACUUACAUUUGCACAAGACGCUUUGUAUGCUUGUGCUGGCCUACUGAAUUCGAUGCGCGCUUCCUUUCCAGGAGGAUUCAUAUCAGGACUUCCAAAAGAUUUCUUUGACAUCGCUCUGCUCUGGACAUCAUUAGCUGAUAUCACGCGAAGACAACCUGACGCAGGCUCUUACUCAAAUUGCUUCUUACCAAGCUGGAGCUGGGCCGGGUGGAAGGGUGAGAUCACUUUUCAAGCAUUGCUGCGCAUAGCAAGUCCCCGUGGCCCCGACAGAUACAGUAUAUAUACGAGCAUGUUUCUCGAAAGAGUCACCGCCACUCAAACGUGGUCAUACCGAACUAACACAGGUGAAUGGAAUACCAUACCAUGUCGUUGGCUAGAAAGUCACGACCAAUAUUACGAAUCAUCCUCAAAAGAGCCUCCACCGGGAUGGCAAAGAAUCGUAGCGGAGGAUACACUUGAAGAGAUUCCUUGGUUUUACCAAAAUAUAGAGCAUCUACCACGAUACUUUUAUCGACAUGACAACUUCCCACGCAUGAAUUGCUAUUUUCCAAUAUCCGGUCCUGAGGAAGGCAGAGUGCAAGAAAGCAAUGUCAUGGCACGAGAGAUCCGCUGUCGAACCAAUCGGGCUUACAUGUAUAAAGGGUAUGUACUGAGCUCGGGCGACGCUUCGAUACUCGAUCGAGAAGGGGGAUGGGCAGGUGCAUUCAUCGAUCGUGCAAUUGACGCUUCUAACUCUCGUAAGCUCGAAGACGGUGAGAUUAUAGAGCUAGUCCAGAUUGCGAAGGGGGUUAGAAAAGAGAAGUAUCCUUACUUUAGCAUGAGUGACAAGUUAGUUUGGCCGGAGUGGCGCCAGAAGGCAAGACCUAUAAGAGGUAAAUGGUACGAGUUUUACUGGGUUCUUCGCAUUGAUUGGGAAAAUGGAAUUGCAUAUCGGAGAGGGAUUGGCAGAGUUGUGGCGCAGAUAUGGGAGGCACAAGAUCUGGAGAUGAUCGAUUUGAUCCUUGGGUGAAUACCAGGCGUAGUUGUCAUGAUGUAGAUCUACUCAAUUAUCAUGAGUACACGAGAUAGAUAAGAACAAAACCUUACCACUCCGCUAGAACAUCUCACCAACACAUCACUACGGCCCUCACUCAACCCAGACAACAGUUUGCACAAACAAAAUAAUCAUCAUAUCCACAGAUCCACCAGUCCACUCCUCCUCACUUCCCCUGCCCAGCAUCCUUCACCCCCUUCGCAACACUCGCACUCCCAUCCUGAAUCCCAU